AUAAACAUAUUUUACAAAAGUCUUUACAGGAUUAAAUUUCUUUGCGAUUGCAUCCAGUCCGUAUCACUGAUUAUUUACAAACAACCGAGCGGAGGUGUCGUAGUAGGGUAGAAAUAUUAUAAGUAUAAUUUCUUUUAUUAUUAUCUGUGUAAGUAAAAUUUGCACGUUUUAUUGGAUAUUAAUUGUAUACAUUAGACCUUUUAUGAAAUGAAGUUUCAGUACAAAGAAGAACACCCUUUUGAAAAACGCAGGGCCGAAGGGGAAAAGAUCAGAAAGAAGUAUCCAGAUCGAGUGCCUGUGAUUGUUGAAAAAGCUCCAAAAGCGAGAAUUGGGGACUUGGACAAGAAGAAGUAUCUUGUUCCUUCUGAUCUCACUGUUGGUCAGUUUUAUUUUCUUAUUCGUAAAAGAAUUCAACUCCGGCCUGAAGAUGCUCUGUUUUUCUUUGUCAAUAAUGUUAUACCACCAACCAGUGCAUCAAUGGGAACUCUUUAUCAGGAACACCACGAAGAAGACUUCUUCUUAUACAUAGCAUACAGUGAUGAGAGUGUUUAUGGUGUUGAAGUCAACAAUGCUGUAUAGAAACUUUUUGUUUUUCUUCUAUGUUUUAGCUUCUUUUGUUGGAAUUUUGUUCUAGUGAGUCCGUUUCAUAACCCUUAGUUGUUUUUGUAAGUUAAGCAGUGUGUGUGAAGAGAUGAAGUUUUCUUUUCUGACUUUAGUUAGUUACUUAAUUAGCAUCCUCUAGUUUUAUCAAGUAUUUUGAUAAUGAAAGUGAUAUGUAUGUAAAAGCUGUGUGUGUAAACCACCAAUCACAUCGUGUUAAACUGUCAACUAGGGUCCUCACCCGCUUGGUGCAAGGGGUAGUUAUAUUAUUGUAAUCCCAGUUCACGUAAUUGAUGUCACAUUUUUGCUUGCUGCCGUAUAAUCGAAAGCUUUCUUAACAUUAAAGUUAGUAUCCAGAUAAAACUACCAACCUGAUACUUUCUGUUGGACUGGAUAAAAUCAGUCAGUAAUGACAGUGGUACUAAGUAGUUUAUAUUUAGUCAUACUAUUUUACUUCUAAUUCAAGACUGAAUUUUUCAUGUGAUACUCAGUAUUUUUCAGCAGAUAAGGUAAAUGUUCUUUACUGUUAUUAUAACUGCAUUAAUAUCAUGAUCAACCAUUGGUACAUAAUAAUUGCUGUUUUUGUACAAUAAUAUUAACAUUUACUUACCUCCUCAAGCUAGAGUGUUUCUAAGUGAUACUGAUGACAUUUUAUGUGAGCUGUGUACGUUGUAAUAUAGUUCUUUGCUCUCUAAUAAAUAUAUCACGACUCCUGUCUUUUAGGCUUAGGCAUCUUGUCUUUUAGGCUUAGGCAGAAUAAAGAUUUGUUUUAUUGGUUGCCUAUGUGAUGAAACAGUCUGGACGUGGUAUUUUGCUGCAUUAAAUGUUUUAGAUUAAGGGAAUUUACAUUCAGACUUUUAAAAUAACCCGCAGUUUGUAUUCGUGGAUUUCAACACAUUUCAAAUCCAGAAGAAGAUUUAACAUGUAACUGAAUUAGUAAAGGCAAAUAUCCUAACAAUUUGUGAACCAGUUAACACUAGCAAAGAAAUAAUCACAUUACAUUAGAACAGUAAAUAUUGGUUUAGUGCAAAUGAUAUUGAUGUAAUUUCUUUCCAAAAUUGUGAAACUUCAGCUUGAAAAAAAACAAAAAAUUACUCGUGUACGUGACUUAAAACUUUUUAAAUUCAAAAUAUGUUCUCGUAGAAUGUUCACAACUGUAACUAAAAUAAACCGCAGUGAAGAAAGUAUUGCCGCAGCGUAGGUUUUGAUUAGUUUAAAUUAAAUCUUCCCAUAAAAAACAGAUUAUUAAAAAAUGUAAACUAAUAAAAAAUAUUUUCAUGGCAGACAUUUUAUGUCAAAAUUUAGAUGCUCUUAAUUUGGAUUUGAUUUGUUUAUUUUUAGUUACCUCUAAAGUAACUUUAUUAUUUUAGUGUGGCAUCCAUUUUAAGUUAUAUUAUUACGUUACAACUUUAAGCAGUAAUUGUGUGAAGAGAUUACGUAAUAUUUUAUGCACGAAUGAAGAUCAGUGUUUUUUCCUAAACAUGCAUAAAAUAUUUGUUAAUGGACUUAUUUUAUAUUGAAGCUUCUUAAAAAAGCACCAUUUAAUUAGAGAUUUUAGUCGUAAAAAAAAAAAUUCCUGGUCCGUCAGCGGACCCUAUGGUGGGCAGAGCACAGAUAGUCCAUGGUGUAGCUUUGUAAUAAAAAAAUAAAAAACCCAGUUGUAGUAAAAAAAUAACUAUAAAGUUGUAGUACUGUAGUUUAGUGUGUUUUUUUUUAAACUUGAAUGCUGAUCAGUAGAGUUCUUUAAGGUCGAAUUUUGUCUUGCUUCUGACAGAUAAAUGGGUUAUGACUGUAAAAAAACAAAAGUUGAUGUAAUUUUUACUUUGACCAUGACAGCUGUGUGAAAAUCAGUGUUAUGGAAUGUUGAAAUUUAAUGCAAUUGCAUUUUGGAAACCUGUAAUUAUUUGUUAUAACAUUUAUCAGUGCUAAAUAAAAUUGUUUUAUUGAAAUGA